AUGUCAAUAUUUCUCCUCAUUCUCGCUUCAAACGUUUUUAUUCUUCAUUUAAUUUUUGCAUCAAUAUCGAAUGAAUAUUAUGACGGUGAACAUGUAAAUUUAAUUUCAACAAUUGAAUAUAUUACACGAACUUUUGCGCAAGAACAAAAAAGAACUUUAACUUUUUCAGCAAAUGCUGAAAGUAAAAUUGUUCUAUCAGAUUUCGGUGAUAUGAUUGACGGUAUUCUAAAACGCAUCGAUUUCGCAACAGUGCAAAUUGAUCAGGAUAAUUGUGAAAUGAUUGGACUUAGAGAAUUUAAUAUUUUUUUUGUGGAUAGUUUUAAAGCAUUUGAACGCAUCAAUCCAGCAAAUAAAACCAGGAGCUACGACUUCAAUGAGUUCUAUCUUGUUUUCCUAAAAGUUGAAAACUCAAAACAAGACAUUUUAAAAAUUCUUGAGUACUGUUGGAAACACUACAUCAUAAAUAUCAGCAUAAUUAUAGACGAAUCAUUCGAAGUCCUCAAUAUUUUCACCUAUUUUCCAUUUUCCAAGCUAAGAUGCAGAAAUACUGAUGCUAUUUUAAUAAAUCAAUUCAAAAAUGGUGUCCCAGCAAACGGAAAUGAAACAGAUGAUAUUUUUCCGGAUAAACUAGAAAAUUUUCAAGGUUGUCCACUGACUGCUGCUUUGUACAAUGUUCCUCCGUAUAUUUUAAUCUUACCCAAUCAAACAGGAUUAUAUAAGUUUGUUGGUUUCGAAGGACAUAUGUUAAGAGUUAUUGCUAAAAAGUUGAAAUUUUCAUUAGAUUACACAAUUCCACCUAAUAAUGAAAAACGUGGAAAAAUAUUUCCAAAUGGAAGCACAAGUGGGGCUAUCAAAUUGAUCGAAGAACAUAUGGCUGAUUUGACUAUUGGAUGUUUCAGAUACUCUAUGGAAAGAGCUAGCGUAAUGACUGCUGCCUCCCCUUAUUAUCAAACUUGGGAGAUAGUUACAAUCCUGAAGACCUCUUUCGAAUAUACACCGAUAGAAAUACUAGUUUUCCCGUUUACACCAUCAACUUGGUUAAGUUUAUUGGCUUUUGUUGGUAUCAUAAUAUCUUUUGGACUAUUAGCCAUAUCGUACCACAGAGUCCUUGGGCCAUUGCUCUUAGGAAUCACAGCGAAUCAACUAGUGGCCAGCUUUCUCGGAGCUUCAAUGUCUAACUUGCCCAACGGAAACUUCAUUCGAUACAUGUUAAUAAUGUGGGUAAUUUUUGCCUUUGUGAUUCGAUGUGCCUAUCAGAGUUUGCUUUUCAAACUCCUUCAAUCCAGUUUGCAUAAAAAACCUCCGGAAACCUUUCAGGAACUCAUCGGUAGUGAUUAUACUUUUGUCUUGAACCAAGUUACGUUUGAAGCAGUUAAUGACAUGCUAAAGAUUCAGAGCGAUCAAAUUCCAUAUGUCAUCAAGGAAAAUUCAUUGGAAUUUAUAGAAGAUAAUUCUGAUGGAAAAUUUGCGGGAAUAGUGUUAAUAGAUGUUUUGGCUUAUUAUAUUAUGACAAAUUCCAAAAGGGGUUUAUUUCAUAUUUUAUACGAAAAAGUCUCUCCGCAUCAUAAUACGUUAUAUUUUUCAAAACACUCCUAUUUGAUUCAAAAAUUUAAUGGAAUUCUAAUGAAUUUACGAAGUUCUGGUUUGGUUGAUUUAUGGGCUACGCAAAGUGUGGAUUCGUCUUAUUUUCAUGGAAAAAAACGAUGCGAUGGUUAUGUUAAGGAAGCCUUGAAAUUGCAUCAACUUCGGGGAACUUUUGAUGUUUACUUAGUUUUAGUGUUUGUAGCUUCUAUAGUAUUUUUACUAGAGUUGGCUUCUAAAAGAGUUAAGGUGUACAAAAUUCGAAUGUUAAUAAAAAGAAGUUUCUAAAUGGCUUUUAA